UUCACAAGGCUGCCAAGACAAAAGCACAACAAUAGUUGGAGUCAAGGAUGGUGCCCCACUGCCACAAACAGCCAAUUUGCAUCACAGACUCGUCUCGUCUCUUGCGCCAAGACCGACGCGAACUGCCAGCCUUGUCCUCUUUGAACUUCGUCAACCGCUUCCCGACCCUCCUCUUCGCCUUCCACCACGCGCGGACAAGCUCACCACAACCUGCGCAACGAUCACAACCAUGGCACCGAUAAAUUCAGACCUGCAAAACGUCCAAGAGGAGGUUAAGAACGUAAUUCAAGACCUCUUCCAGAUCCUGGUCCAAGUCUCCAACUACGACGCCCUCGGCCGCCCUACCCGCGAACCCCUCGCCCAGGACUUCCAAACCCUCGACGAAACCCUCCGCACCCUCCACGCCACCGCGCUCUCCGCCUCCACCACCUCCAACGGAGCCGACAAAGCCAUCCCCGAACCGCUGAUCCACUACGUCGAGAACGGCCGCAACCCAGACAUCUACACGCGCGAGUUCGUAGAGCUGGUGCGGCGCAUGAACCAGCUGGCGCGGGGCAAGACGCACGCCUUCCGCGACUUCCGUGACGUGCUGGCGCGCGAAAUGAGCAUCGCCCUACCGGAGCUGCGCGCCGACGUUGGGAGGGUGCUGGAGGCGACCGGCGGGGCUACGCCGGAGAGUGAGAAUGUGGAAGGGGAGGAGCGGGGGCAGGGGCAACAAUCGCAACAACCGCAACAAUAACAACUUGAUAGUGCCGGGUAUUGGGGAAUUGGGUGUUCAUUGGGUGAUGGAGGACAAGGUUUUGCACUGGCGUUCAAAGGAUUGGGAAUCCACGAUUGAUAAAAGGGGUGAUACCAGGUCAGGUUUGGCUGGCGAAUUGGCGUUUUUCGGGGAUACCAUUGUGAAUAAUCGGCAAAUCAAUAUGUUGGGCAUGGCAAUCAAGCAUCACUGGCUGUCCGCUUCGCUCUCGAUCUGAGUGAAAAUGGCAACGGGAAAGACCACAAACAGGGGGAUGGACCGAAGGGACACGGCUCCAGAAGCCAGGUCCGAUUAUUGCAAUGAAUUCGAGAGUGCGCAGAGAGGUCAGUCGGC